UGGGAAGGCGCGAGCCGGGGGCGGGUCAGUGGGCGCGCGGGCGGAGGGGCGGUUUUCCGCCGCUCGUACUGGCCGCUCCGAGGGGGAUGAACAAUGGCCAGUCUCUACCAAAGCACCGAGUCCUCUUCUCCGAACAAAUACCUGACAUUGAAGGACGUGCGGCAAGUCAAGGAGGAGACCACCAUCGAUGAGAAGCUCUUCCUUCUGGCGUGUGAGAAAGGAGAUAAUUACAUGGUCAAAAAGCUGCUCGAUGAGAAAUUCAGUGAGCUGAAUAUAAAUUGUGUCGAUGUUCUGGGGAGAAAUGCAGUUACCAUUGCCAUUGAAAAUGAGAAUCUGGAUAUCCUGCAGCUUCUCUUGGACCAUGGCUGCCAGACCACGGAUGCUCUGCUUGUGGCAAUUAACUCUGAGGUUGUUGGUGCAGUUGAUAUUCUUCUCAAUCAUCGUCCCCGACGUUCAUCAAAGCCAACUAUAGCAAAAUUAAUGCAGAGAAUUCAGAAUCCUGAAUACUCGACUACAAUGGAUGUGGCUCCUGUUAUCCUUGCUGCUCAUCGUAAUAACUAUGAGAUCCUGACCAUGUUACUCAAACAGGACCUAUCACUACCAAGACCACAUGCAGUAGGAUGUGAAUGCACACUGUGUAAUGCAAAGAACAAGAAGGAUAGCCUACGCCAUUCUAGGUUCCGUCUUGAUAUCUACCGCUGCCUGUCUAGUCCAUCGUUGAUCAUGCUUACAGAGGAGGAUCCUAUACUAAGAGCUUUUGAACUCAGCGCAGAUUUGAAGGAACUGAGCCUCGUGGAGGUGGAAUUUAGGAGUGACUAUGAGGAACUAGCACAGCAGUGUAAGACCUUUGCAAAAGAUCUCCUAGCACAGGCACGGAAUUCCCGUGAAUUGGAGGUUAUCUUAAAUCAUACAUCCAGCGAUGAACCUAUUGACAAGAGAGGAUUGCUUGAGGAGAGGAUGAACCUAAGCCGACUUAAACUAGCAAUUAAGUACAACCAAAAAGAGUUUGUGGCUCAGUCCAAUUGCCAGCAGUUUCUGAACACAGUCUGGUUUGGGCAGAUGGCAGGCUACCGGCGGAAGCAUACCUGUAAGAAGAUUCUGACUGUUCUUUCAGUUGCCACCCUAUGGCCAGUGUUGUCCCUUUUUUACCUGCUCGCACCAAAGUCUCGAGUAGGACGAAUUAUUCACACUCCUUUUAUGAAAUUCAUCAUUCACAGUGCAUCAUACUUUACAUUUCUACUGUUAUUGAACUUAUACUCACUGGUGUACAACGAAGACAAAAAAAACACGAUGGGCCCAGCACUAGAGAUGAUCGACUACCUCCUGAUUACAUGGAUAACUGGAAUGGUGUGGUCAGACGUGAAGAGACUGUGGUAUGAUGGACUUGAAGAUUUUAUGGAGGAAUCUCGAAAUCAACUCAGUUUUGUCAUGAACUCGUUGUAUUUAGCAACAUUUGCUCUCAAAAUUGUGGCUCAUAAUAAGUUCCAUGCGAUUGGAGACAGGAAGGAUUGGGAUGCGUUCCAUCCCACUUUAGUGGCAGAGGGUCUGUUUGCUUUUGGCAACAUUCUCAGUUACCUACGGCUUUUCUUUGUGUACACGACUAGUUCCAUCCUUGGACCAUUGCAGAUUUCCAUGGGACAAAUGUUGCAAGAUUUUGGAAAGUUCUUGGGAAUGUUUCUGCUUGUUCUGAUCUCUUUCACCAUCGGCCUUACUCAGUUGUACGAUAAGGAGUUUUCGAUGGUGGAAGGCAAGGAUUGUUCUGGAAUCUUCUGUGAGCAACAGAGCAACGUAGCCUUCCAUUCUGCCCAGGGAAAGACUUCAAGUGCCAAUUCAGGUAGACCUGCCACAGCUAAUCUGCUAAUGUUUGUUGGGACCUGCUAUGCCCUAUUUUGGUAUAUUUUCUCCCUGGCACAUGUGGCACUGUUUGUCACAAGAUUCAGUUACACUGAUGACCUGCAAUCUUUUGUUGGAGCACUCAUCAUCGGCACAUACAACGUGGUGGUUGUGAUUGUCCUGACUAAACUGCUGGUGGCAAUGCUACACAAAAGCUUCCAGAUGAUCGCUAAUCACGAAGACAAGGAAUGGAAGUUUGCCCGAGCAAAGCUGUGGCUGAGCUACUUUGAUGACAAAUGUACUUUACCGCCACCAUUCAAUAUCAUUCCUUCCCCGAAAACCAUUUGCUAUCUCUUCACAAGUCUUAACAAAUGGAUCUGCUCUCACACCAGCGCUGGAAAAGUGAAACGUCAGAAUAGCCUUAAAGAAUGGAAGACUCUCAAGCAUAAACGAGAUCAAAAUUACCAAAAAGUAAUGUGUUGCUUGGUCCAUCGUUACCUUACUGCAAUGAGGCAAAAGAUGCAUAGCACAGACCAAGCGACUGAAGAGAAUCUGAAUGAACUGCGCCAGGACCUUUCCAAGUUUCGCAAUGAAAUGAGAGACCUUCUUGGCUUCAGGACAGCAAAAUAUGCCAUGUUCUAUUCACGGAACUAAAAAGUAUUUGAAGGCACUAGAUGCUGAUGUGUGUUUCAUUCAUGUUGUAAGUAUGAAACUAAGUGAAAGGACGUCUCUGUCAUCAUCUGUCAUCCACAGAUAGUUAUGGUUUGUUCAAUAUUUGAUUUAAUGUGAUCUAUUUUCGUAAAUUUUCAAGCUGAAAUAUAUAGUUACAAUACAUAUGGAGUUUCUAAUUUGGAUGAUAUUGCCGCACAAAUAAUUGUCAAUAAUUUAUUUUAAGUAGAUACUGCCAUUUUGUUAUUUAGGAGAAUGCUCCUGGUAUUUAUUUCCCUUUAAGAAAUUUUGUUUUCCCGACCCUACUGCUGACUCAUCAGUGGUUACGCUGGAUGUUCCAAAAAUGCUUCAGAAACCCACAAGGCAGAUCAAAGAUACAGGACGUGAAAACAUGCUUUACAUUCGUAAUGAAAGCAUUAACAAGUUCCCAUUCAUUCUUACAUAAGUUAUUUUAACAAAGGGAACCAUCCAUUUGACUUAAACGUUUCCAUUAAAAUUGCAAAGAAAUUUCAAAUGAUCAUAUGAAGGCUUUCAUUAAAUAUCAAGCAUGAGCAAUUUCAACUCUGUUGUUCAGAGAUAAUACAGCAGUGUUGCAUAUUUGCAUGCAGUAAUAUCUAUGGUGUAUUGUGUCAGCUUAUAUUUAACUAAGAUUGAAAAUAUAUUUUUCAUAAUUCUCUUGGGUGAAGAAUGUCAGCUCUGGUAAAAUGUGCAUUCUCAUAGGAAGCUUUUUAUGUGAUCAUAAUAAUUCAAUAACUGAAUUUUUGGAGGUGAUCCAAUAAGAAUAUAAUGGGCACAGAUGCUGAGUAUCCUCCCUCCACACUUCAUUCUUCUAAACUCCAUCAAAUACAAGCCCUGAGUCAUCGACCACUCCCCAUAUGACAAACUGUUCAUUCCCAGGAUCAUAUUUAUAAACUUCCUCUGGACCCCCACCAAUGUCAGUACAUCCUUCUGUAUAUAUGGAUCCUGAAACUACUCUCAGUAUUCCAAAUGCAGUCUUAACAGAACCUUUCACAGCCUCAGCAGUAUUCCUUCUAUUCUAACCCUCCUGAAAUGAAUGCUAACAUUGCAUUUGCCU